AUGGUCCUUUCGACCAUACCCAACCUCACUCCCUUUUGUCUCACCGAUGGAGAACCCACGUCAAACGCGUUUCCAGUCUCGAUACCAUCUACUGACACCAUCAGUAACCUCAGGAAUCUCAUCAAGGCUGAGAAGGCUGUCGCUUUUGCUGAUGUCGCAGCAGACAAGCUCACGGUCUGGCGUGUCUCGGUCCCUGUCGUCGCUGUCAAUAUCCACAAUGCGGUCUUCCUGAACGAGAUCGACUCCAAGACGGAACUCAGUCCAGCGACUCGCCUCUUCAAGAUCUUCACGGAAGAGCCAUCUGAAGAAGCAAUCCACAUCACCGUGCAGCGACUACUACCAGUGAAUGGAAGCGGCAAAACGUGCACGGCCAUGGAGCUGUUGUCGAAUACAUGGGGAUUAUAUUUCAACGGCGGGGCAAAGGAUUGGGGCUCCAGCGGCAUGAAUACUCUAAUCAACGCUCUUUCAGACUACAAGACCAUUUAUUUGACACAGAGCAGGGACGGCAACACGGACAGACUACGCCAUCUGACCUAUGGCCUACUGUAUGCGCGGCUGUUGAUCCUAGACUACUGCUUGGUUCAACCCGAAUCCAAAAUCAAUUUUUUAUGCCAACGAUGGAUGCUUUUGCAAGUCGCAACGCCUGCAUUCAUGGACGUAUUUCAAAGUCUCUUCAAGGAUAUCAACGUCUACUUGCAUAGACAUCCAAUAUCAGGUUUCAUUCUCAACGCCGUACAAGAACUAUUCGACAAAGUUCAGAAACAGCUUCUCGAUCGAACAACCUCCUUUGAUGCAGCACCCUUCAAGUUUCUCGUGGUUCUAGACGAGGCCCAGGUGCUGGAUAGACUCUUCAAUGGAUUGUAUUUGGAUAGCAAUGGCACAACUCCUAGGCCGGUUCUAACCCCUGUUCUCCGGGCAUUCAGACACAUUACAAAUACCAUAGACGAACAUAAGGUGUGCGUCAUGCCUUGUGGGGCGAGCUUAAGCAACUUAGACGUGGACUGGUCCGGAGGCGCUGGAUCAGGCGACAAGCUCUCCAAGGGCGACUUUGAAGCAGGCGCGAGUUUGGACAUGAUCGCCGACUUUGCCGGUUGGACAAGCGAGGAUUCGGUCGCAUGUUAUGUGAAGAGACUGGGCGACACAUUGAGCGAGGAUGCGAGGAUGCGAUUGACCCAUCUGUUUCCAAGAGAGGUCAUACAGAAUCUCUACCGGGAUUUCACAGGCCGUGUUAGGCACAUGAUCUCCGUAGUAGUAUAA